AUGGAAGCUGCAGCGCAUUCACUUCCCUCGAGUCAGGAAUCAGACUUCGCUGUGAAUAAUCAUCUCCCUCAUCGCGAAGAGCCCGAUGAGAAAGUACAUGACGCCGACGCCAGUGCCACCGAUGAUGAUGUCCGCAAGAUUACUGGUUUCCGAUGGUUUCUGAUUUGCGCUGCUUUGUAUCUCUCUGCUCUGAUGUAUGGACUUGAUACAACCAUCGCUGCGGAUGUGCAGGGCGCCGUGAUUGAGAGAUUCGGGGACGUGUCGCAACUCGCAUGGAUUGGAGCCGGUUUCCCACUCGGUUCAGUUGCCGUGAUUCUCCCUUAUGGGUUUCUCUAUACCGUCAUGAAUAUGAAGUGGCUCUAUAUUGCUGGGAUCGUGUUAUUCCAAGGUGGAUCUGCUCUCUGUGGUGGUGCUCCAACUAUGAACGCCCUUAUUGUCGGCCGUGUGAUUGCAGGUGCUGGAGGUACAGGAAUCUACCUCGGUGGACUUAACCAUUUCUCUGCCAUGACCACCCGCAACGAGCGCGGCACCUAUCUUACAGGAACCGGAUUUGUCUGGGGCGUGGGUGCCAUCCUGGGUCCCGUCGUGGGAGGGGGAUUCUCCGACUCCUCCGCCACCUGGCGCUGGGGUUUCUACCUGAACCUGGUAAUCGGCGCCAUCACAGCCCCCGUGUACCUCUUCUACCUCCCCGCCAUUCACCCCGGCGCGGGCCAAUCGCUUCGCAAACGCUUAACGCGACUCGACUAUCUGGGCUUCGUCCUCAGCGCGGCAAUGUGGGUGACCUUCGCACUUGGCUUCAUCUCUGCAGGAGGCAUCUGGGCGUGGGAUUCCGGCGCCACCAUCGCGCUAAUCGUACUCUUCGGCGUCCUAUUCAUUCUUUACGCCCUCCAACAAUACUUAUGCAUCUUCACUACGCCCCAAACGCGCUCCUUCCCCGGCCAUCUCCUCCGCUCCCGCACCCAAAUCCUCCUCUACAUCACAACGACCUGCGCCAACACCGCCAUGUUCUUCACGACCUUCUACUUCCCAAUCUACUUCCAGUUCACGCGCAAUGACUCCUCCCUAAUGGCUGCCGUGCGCCUUCUCCCCUACCUCCUCGUAACCAUCACCAUCAACCUCGCCAUUGGCUGGCUCCUUCCAAAAGCCAAGUACUACAUGCCGCUGUGCCUCAUCUCAGGCAUUCUGCUCACCCUCGCCAGCGCUCUCUUCGUCGGAUACCUUUCCCCGUCUACCCCAGCCGGGCAGAUUUACGGCUUCACAAUCCUUAUGGCCGUCGGAACGGGCAUGACCAUGCAGCUAGGCUAUGCGGUAGCCAGUCUCAAGGUGCCUCCCGAGGAUAUCUUCAGCGCGAUCAAUUUGCAGAAUGUGGCGCAGAUUGGAGCUACAGUUAUCUGUCUUGUGGUGGCAAGUCAGGUGUUUCAGUCGACUGCGGUGCAGAAUCUGAAUGGGGUGUUGGAUGGGAGGGGAUACAGUGAGGCGGAGAUACGGAAUGCUGUAGCGGGUGUGCAGAGUACGUUGUUGAAGAGCUUGAGUGGGGAGUUGAGGGAUCGGGCUAUCAAGGCUAUUACGGAUGCGAUGGCCAGGGCGUUUAUUAUUCCGUUGGUGGCUGGAGCGGUGGGGGUGGUGAGUUCGCUGGGGAUGAGGAGGGAGAGGUUGUUUGGGUAG